UCACAGCAACUAUUGUUAUGCGUCACUAACCAAGAUGGCGGCUCAUUAUUUGGGACCUACGGGAAGCUAGUUACUAUCCGUUCCAAAAUAAUAAACAUUAGCACAAAAAUUGAGUUUUGAAAAACACGCAGCGUGGUUUUACGUAUAUUGCGUUAUAAUAACACGCUUUAUAUAAUCGGUAAACAUCCCGCAUGGCGUAACAACUCACUUCGGUUUAGGCAACAGGCUAGCCUUUAAGCUAGUUCUGCCGCCGCUGAUGCAAAUAAAAUAGUUAUUACUUUUAGGACCGGGUUUCUUCAAGCUGAAGCGAUGUUGGGUCUCUUGUCAGCAAGGCAGGCUGGUCUCGAUGACCCUUUGCGACUUAGACGCGCAGAGUCAACGAGAAGAGUCCUCAGUCUGAAGUUAAAUCCUGACAGAGAUGUGGAGCGAAUCCACGGAAACGGGAUCAAUGCCAUUGACAUUGACGCAGCUGAAGGCAGAUAUAUGUUGUCUGGAGGCGCAGACGGCGUUAUUGUCAUCUAUGACCUGGAGAACCACAGCGGGAAACAACAGUACACCUGCAAGGCGGUCCGGACUGUUGGAAGGUCAAGUCGACAUGUCCACAGAUUCAGUGUGGAGUCAGUCCAGUGGUAUCCUUAUGACACAGGGAUGUUUGUCUCCAGUUCCUUUGACAAGACCAUGAAAGUGUGGGACACAGAGACCUUAAAGCCUGCUGAAGUGUUUGAGUUUGAGGGCAACGUCUACAGUCACCACCUGUCGCCCAUCGCCAGGAAGCACAGUCUUAUCGCAGUUGGGACCAAAAACCCUAAAAUCCAACUUUGUGACCUGAAGUCUGGUUCACGGAUCCACGUUCUCCAGGGUCACCGGGCAGAGGUGCUGUCAGUGCGAUGGUCGCCAAGAUACGAGUACAUCUUGGCCACCGCCAGUGCAGACAGCAAGGUGAACGUUUGGGAUGUGCGGCGAGCUUCAGGUAGCCUUUUCACUUUGGAUCAGCACAAUGGAGAGAAGUCGAAAGCCUCUUCCCAGGCCGUAAACACAGCCCAUAACGGCAGAGUGAAUGGCCUUUGCUUCACGUCUGAUGGCCUCUUCCUCCUCACCACUGGCACAGAUGACCGCAUGAGACUAUGGAAUAGCGCCAAUGGGGAAAAUACACUGGUAAAUUACGGGAAGGUCUGCAACGAGAGUCGGAAGCGGCUGCAGUUCACCGUGUCUCGCGGCUGCAGCCCCGAGUUUGUGUUUGUGCCGUGCGGCAGCUCGGUGGCGGUGUACGCGCUCCACACAGGAAAACUGGUCACCAUGCUCAGGGGUCACUACAACAACGUGGACUGCUGCGAGUUCCACCCAGACUACCAGGAGGUGUACAGCGGAGGUAAAGACGGCAACCUGCUGGCGUGGGUUCCUGUGGUCCGCACCGCAGAUGUGGAAGAAGAGUCAAAUGGGAUAAAUAAGGGCGCUGCUAGCCUUCCUGCUGGGAACCCUGCCUUUCAAGACAACUGGAGCAGCGACGAAGAUUGAUACAGAGGAUCGGAAUGUGUGGACGGACUAAUAAGCGUACACAACAAACAGGGAUCCAUUACACUCAAUUAAAAGCUGACUAGUGUAAGCAAUUACUCUGUUUUUGGGUUUACAUAAACCGCAGCUAUCAGAUCUUUGAUAGCAGAGAUGACGGCCUUAACGCAAUAGAUGACCAUGUAAAUAAUCGUUUGUUGGUUUCAGAGAAAAAUAAUCACUGUUUUCUACCUCUAUCUACAUCAAUAAAAUAUAUCAAGUAAUAUUUUA